GUUUGCGACUUGUCCGUUUGGUGCAGUUUGAUAUAUUUUUCAGCAUUGGAAAGACUUGGGAAAAGAAAUCAUGAAAACGGUUUUGUCCGUAGUUGCUUUCUGCGUCGUGUUGGUGAACAUAAACGCAAAAGAAUCUCCUCCCAAGGUGCAAGUGUACAGCCGUAACCCAGGGGAAUAUGGGAAGGACAACACCCUGAUCUGUCACGUGAGUGGCUUCCACCCCCCUGACAUCAGCAUCCAGCUCCUGCAGAACGGCGAGGAGAUCCCCAACGCCAAGCAGACAGACCUGGCCUUCGAACAGGGCUGGCAGUUCAACCUCACCAAGAGUGUUGCCUUCAAACCAGCCAGCGGAGAGGAGUACACCUGCAGAGUCCGCCACCUGAAGAAUCUGAAGACCUACACCUGGGAACCAGAUAUGUGAGGCUUCGGUGCUCAUCCCUGCAGAAUCCACCAGCCUCCGAGAAUCUCCACUCCAGAUGCUGUCUGUAUUCCUGGGAAUCUUCACAACACUGUCCUAUCAAAACUCAUCUUCACAACACUGUCCUAUCAAAACUCAUCUUCACAACACUGUCCUAUCAAAACUCAUCUUCACAACACUGUCCUAUCAAAACUCCUCUUCACAACACUGUCCUAUCAAAACUCAUCUUCACAACACUGUCCUAUCAAAACUCAUCUUCACAACACUGUCCUAUCAAAACUCAUCUUCACAACACUGUCCUAUCAAAACUCCUCUUCACAACACUGUCCUAUCAAAACUCAUCUUCACAACACUGUCCUAUCAAAACUCCUCUUCACAACACUGUCCUAUCAAAACUCCUCUUCAGAUCACUGUCUUGUCAAAACUGCAGGUGAAAUCUGUGAUGACUCCGUCUCUGCACAUUGUGACUUAUCAUUGAUAUUUAACUUAAAUUGUAUUUUAUUUUACCAGUCCUUGUUUUGUGGGGUAUUUGAUGUGUGUAAGUAAUGAAGCUCAUAUCUGUGGGAUUGUAAUUCUGCACCAGAGGAGAACAAUUUGUCAGCCAAUACAGUAGGCCCAAGCUAUGAGGGCUUUUCUCUUAGUCAGAAAUUAAUAUGAAACAACAAACAAUCUGAAAUGCAAAAAUACAUUAAUGUAGCACUUUAUUUUGGUGAUAGAUUUUCAAAAGAGAUAGCCCUUCAUCUAAAAUACUUAGAUUAUGUAAAGUCUGACUUGAUGUUUGAAUUCUUGCUAUUAAAUAACUUAUUCAUACCAA